AUGGCCUGCCGAACAAAGGAGCUUGAGUGUGCAGUGGAUCCCUUUUGUGCUUCCCUCAUCUCAGGUCAGCAUUCCAGUUUCUUUCCAACCAACAACCGGAGUCACCUCCAGAUGAAUGAAUUUUCCUGGAAGGAUGUUACCAAUGCCUUGUCCCUGGCCAACAUGAUCCUGGGGCUCUUCUCCAUCUUCUGCAACUUCUGCGAGAAAUCCCACUGUGCCUCCUGGAUGCUUCUUAUCAGCUUCCUAUUAGACAUGGCGAUUAGAGGGAUGACCAGACACUUCCACAUCUGUUCCAAACUGGGAGUUGAGCUGAAUGACUUGGCUGUCUUCACCACCUUUGGACUGGCCUCAGCUCUGCUUCUAGGCGUGGAAGGGCCUCUGAACGGGUUCCUGGCCAUCAUCUAUGUGUUAGCUGCUUCUUUCCGCCUAUGUUUUUAUUCAACUGGCAUUCCCUUCACAUAUAAGGGUCUACCCUGCUCCUAUGCUUCCAGUGUUUUGGCCUCCACCUCCCUUCUGACCAAAGGCAACCCGUUCAUUCUCUCUUGCAUGGCUUCACUCAUGAUUCUAUUCAUGAUAGACCAAAGCUACUACCCACAUGAUGAAAUCCUGGAGUCCGAGAGCUGGAAAAAAAUGGUUUAUCUGGGAGGUGUCAUCACGUUGCUUUUGUCUCCAUUCUCACUAACAGCUUUUUACUACCUGAUGUGGUCACUCUCGUACAUCUUCUUUCCAGACGCUCUGUGGGGCAAGGCAGCAUGUUUUAGGCUACAGCAUCAAAAAAACUAA